AUGGCCACAGGGAACAGGACAGAAGUGACUGACUUCAUCUUGUUGGGUCUGUCCAGCUGGCCAGAGCUGCAGCCAGUUAUUUUUGGGAUUGUCCUUGCCAUGUACCUGGUGGCAGUUAUUGGCAAUACCCUAUUAGUAAUCGUUGUCUACUCGGACACCAAGCUUCAGACACCUAUGUAUUUUCUUCUUAGCCAGCUUUCUUUUAUUGAUAUAUUUCUAACAACCAUCACUGUGCCCCAGAUGCUGGUGCAUACACUAUCUGUGAAUCGAACUAUUUCUUUUAACCGCUGCAUGGCUCAGUUGUUUUUCUUUAUGACUGUGGGCAGUAUGGAAGGUCAUCUGCUGGCUGCUAUGGCCUAUGACCGCUAUGUUGCCAUCUGUGAUCCUUUAAGAUACACUGCCAUUGUCAGUCGCCACCUCUGUCUGCGCAUAACUUUAACCUCAUGGGUUAUUGUCAGCCUCAACAGUCUCCUUUAUAGUGUGCUGGUCACCCGCUUAACCUUCUGUGGCAACCAAGUCACCCACUUCUUCUGUGAUAUCACACCCCUAUUGCAGUUAUCCUGCACUAGGCCAGUGGUCAAUGAGAUGCUCAUCUUCACCGAGGGUGUAGCUGUGGUAGUUAGCCCUUUCUUCUUCAUCUUGGGCUCCUACGUACGCAUUGGUGUUGCCAUAGCCAGCAUGCACUCGGUUGCUGCCUUGCGUAAAACCUUGUCCACUUGUAGUUCUCAUAUCCUGGUUGUGCUGCUUCUGUAUGGCUCUGUGAUCCGCAUGUACCUUCGACCAUCCUCCAGCUAUGAUUUGGACCAGGAUCGCCAGGUCGCCAUUUUCUACACGGUAGUUACCCCUAUGCUGAACCCGCUAAUCUACAGUCUGAGGAACCAGGAGGUUAAGGGUGCUCUGAAGAGACUUGGCAAGAGACUCUGCAUCUCAGGAUACAUGCAGCCUGGCUCACAGGCAAACAGAAAAUGGCAGCACUUCUCCUGA